AUGCUCGACCGGAAAAACAAAACGGCCUGGGCCACCUACAAACGAGAGGUGGAGUUGUCACAAGCUACGACUGGAAAGAACAUCGCCAGCGUUCUCGAGGAAUUCGUGGACGCCGAGCGGUGCUAUGUCAUCAUGGAGAAGUUCGAGGGACACCUACGGAAAGCCUUGAAGUGGGUGGCCAAGGAGACGGGUGAUGAGACCGCUGGCCUGGACGCCUUAUCCUUGGGCAACGUCAUGAAGCAGGUCCUCAGCGCCAUCCUGCACCUGCACACCUGCGGCGUGGUGCACCGAGACGUCAAGGCGCACAACUUGCUGAUUGACCGAUGUGAUUUGCGAGACCCCAGGUGUCGCGUGGUGCUGUCCGACUUCGGACUAGCAAGGCGACUGGAGCCUGGAAGGUUCCUGUGCGCGCAGGUGGGCACCCGGAAGUAUUGGGCGCCAGAGCUCUACGAGAAGAAGUAUUGGCAUGUGGUCGAUGUCUUCGCCAUUGGGGUCUUGAUGUUCCUGGCCGCCAGCAACAGCUAUCCCUUCCAGGAUGAGGAUCAGACGAAGAACCGCGAUGUCUUUGAGCAGGACCUGGCCGGGGGACCUGGCCUGGCCUGGCCGAAGACCGAGCUCCCAACCACGGAGCCGGCCGCCGGGGGGCCACGUGGCAUGCGAAGAGCUGAACUCAGGCGUCUUCAAUGGAUCCCCAAAGGAGAAAGAGGUGGUUGGCAACGUCAAGUCACAGAGACCUGGCCCUGUUCGAAAGCAUUCCACACCGAUUUCUUAAGGCUGCUGCCUCCCUUGAACGACAGGCAGCUGAAUCCGCCGCGAAAGCAGCGGCCGCUGAAGCCCGUGCUGCGCAGCACGAAGGCCUUCGGAGGCUCUCGGCUGUCCCCUGAUUUGCGCGACUUCUUCGCCAUGGCCUGUCGGCGCUACAACCCUCACGAGACCUCCUUCCACAUGGAGGCGCGGAUCGGCUUCCGGCGCCCCAAGAGCUUCGUACGCCUCAGACCUCUGGCGCCAGGCACCAGUAGCUGUGGAGAUUUGGCUGCGCCCAACAUGGAGGCAGCGCCUUGGGGCGCGCUGAAACGAUUGAAAGGCUCGAGUGUGGUUCAGAGCCAACCGAUCCUCUCCACACCGCAGAGCCGGCAGAGCCGGCAGACGCAGGAUGACGAGGUGCAUGAGCUUUUGGUCGACCUGGAGGAGCACGAGCGUGUGGCAGCGGAUGCCAUCGGCAAGGUCUUCCGAGAUGCCUUUGCCAAAGAUGGAGGCUGGCACCGGGCCGAGUGA